UGGACCACGCGUCGCAUCCUCCAGCAUCCACCUGAGCACGAAGCCUCCCCAUCCAGCGGCACUUUAAGGUCCUGUAGAGGUUCUCUUUUCUCUUCCUGCUGAAACCAGCCUCUCCAAAUCAGUUAAAUGCUCUUUGAGGAACAUGUCGAAGCCCGUGGAUCACAUCAAGAGACCCAUGAAUGCAUUCAUGGUGUGGUCCCGAGGCCAGAGGAGGCAGAUGGCGAUGGAGAACCCCAAAAUGCACAACUCUGAGAUCAGCAAACGGCUCGGAGCUGAGUGGAAACUCCUCUCCGAGGCUGAGAAGAGACCUUACAUCGACGAAGCCAAAAGGCUUCGAGCUCAGCACAUGAAGGAACAUCCCAACUACAAAUACAGACCCAGGAGAAAAUCCAAGAGGAGUGACGGCUUCGUGUUUCCCUCGCCUUUCCUAGUAGAGCCGCACCAAGCCAGAGAGGCUCUUUCCUUCUGCAUGGACAGUCCAAGGUACCUGCAUCCGUCUGGGUCCACACAGUCUUCUGCAUUCUUUGGUGGGAGCCACCUCAGCUCUGCCGGAGCGCAGAAGAUCAGAGAACUGCCUCAUGCUUUUUACACCUCCACACUGGGCUACCACAGCGCACUCUUGGGCACACUGGGAUGUCCAAUGCAACCAACGAAGCCUGGGUACAUGGUGCCGUGUAACUGUCCACUGUGGCCGACGUCCAGUUUGCAGCCGCCUGUCGCUUAUUUGCUUUUUCCAGGGGUGAGCAAGACUGGACUCAACUCAGACUGCUCAGCAAGUCUGUGAAAAAGAGGUGAGAAGACGGACGAAGCAGUGACGUUUCUGUAACCGACCAGGUUUUUUUCCGUUUGUGUCAUUUAAACUGCAUUAAUGUUUACCACGAAUAAUACAGUGUUUGGUCUAAACCAAAUGUAAAGUAUUAACAUGUUUUCCAUUGAAAAAAUACAAACAAAAGGGCAAAAGUCCAAAACUGUAAAACUGUACACUGAAUAAAAUGAA